AGAGUUGUAGGAUCGUUGUGGAAUUUCAGAUAUAAAUACUUUGUAUGUGUGUGUGGUCCUUGUGAUAUUUGGCGUUAUUUUAAUUCUUUUGCGUAGUGUGGACUCAUCAGGAUUGUACCGAAAUCUGAAGUAGCUGUGGAACCAUGGCAGGUUCAACAUGAAGACUGUAGAUGCAAAGCGUAGAACGAUUGUUUGUGUGUUUUCCAGUGUAGUUUAUGGAUGUUACAUUAGAUUAGAUACAAAAUCGGGGAUGUGCAAUUUUGGAUAAUACUGAUUUUAUUGUCUUCAUAGGAUUCUUAAAUUAUUAGGAAUAAUGGAGGAUUAUCAAGAGGGAGACUUGGUAUGGUUCGACCCGGGCAUCGGGUACCUUCUGCCCGGGGAAGUGGCGGAUUUUUCGAAGCCCGCUCAAGUCAUCACAGUCCAAGCUCUUAUCAGUGGAAAGCCGCAAAAUUUUACACUUCACAAUUUGGAAAGCGUAAGAAAGAGACAAGAUUUGGGCCCAAAUGGAUUUGAAGACAUGAUCGAACUUAUUGACUUAAACGAAGCGUCUCUACUAUGGAACUUAAAAAUUCGAUACGACAAGGAAAUGAUAUACACGUAUACGGGCAGCAUUUUGGUAGCCGUGAAUCCCUAUAAAAUGUUUGAUAUUUACGGGCUAGAAAUGGUGAAGAAAUACGAAGGGCAAAUUUUGGGCACUUUACCACCGCACCUAUUUGCUAUUGGCAGUUCUGCUUAUGGAAAAAUGAGUAAAGAUAAUGAAAAUCAGGUUGUUGUCAUUAGCGGCGAAAGCGGAGCGGGCAAAACGGAAAGUACGAAGCUGAUCAUGCAGUAUCUGGCCGCUGUUAAUAAGUCUCCAAGCAACCUCAUCACAGAACAAAUCUUGGAGGCCAAUCCUCUAUUGGAGUCCUUCGGUAAUGCCAAAACAGUCCGAAAUGACAAUUCAAGUAGAUUUGGGAAAUACAUGGAAGUCCAUUUCAAAGACGGUGUUAUAACUGGUGCUAGAACAACAGAAUAUCUUUUAGAGAAAUCAAGAAUUGUUACUCAGGCUUCAGAUGAAAGAAAUUAUCACGUAUUCUACGAAAUGUUAAGUGGUUUGGGGGAUUCCGAAAAAGAAAAAUAUGGUUUACAGACUGCUGAUAACUACUUUUAUUUAAAUCAGGGUGGUUGCUUCAAGAUCAAAUCAAAAGACGAUGCAGAGGAUUUCAGGGCAUUAUUGGCAGCUAUGCAAGUGCUGAGUUUCACUUCUGAAGAACAAGACACGAUUUUUAGGAUAUUAGCUUCAGUUCUUCAUCUAGGAAAUAUUUACUUUCACAGGAAACAGCUCAAACAUGGUCAAGAGGGUGUAGAAAUCGGAAGUGACGCUGAAAUACGUUGGGCUUCUCAUCUCCUUCAGUUAUCCCUGGACGGAAUUUUACGAGCCAUGACUACAAAAACUACGGAGGCGAGGAACGAACGAGUGGUCACACCUUUGAAUAUCGAUCAAGCUUUGGAUGCCAGGGAUGCCAUUGCGAAAGCUUUAUAUUCAAGCUUAUUUUCUUGGCUUGUGCAACGUGUUAAUAACAUAGUUUUCAAAGGCCCCAGAAAAACUUCGAUAGCCAUUUUAGAUAUCUUCGGAUUUGAAGACUUCAAAGAAAACAGUUUCGAACAGCUCUGCAUUAACUACGCGAAUGAAACUCUGCAGUACUAUUUCAAUAAACACGUGUUUAAAUUAGAGCAGCAAGAGUAUGCGAAAGAACGAAUCGAAUGGCAGCCAAUUAACUACCAGGAUAAUCAACCCGUGCUCAAUCUGAUUGCUAAGAAGCCAGUGGGUAUAUUGCCACUUCUAGACGAUGAGAGCAAUUUUCCAAAGGCAACUGAUCUGUCUUUCCUGGAAAAAUGUCACUACAAUCAUGCUCUGAACGAAUUGUACAGUCGUCCCCGAAUGUCUUCCAUGGAAUUUGGAGUCAAACACUAUGCGGGGCAGGUGUGGUAUUCUGUUGAUGGAUUCUUGGACAAAAACCGAGACACGCUCCGUGGUGUCGUCGUGGAUUUGCUUAUAAGCAGUAAAUUACCAAUGAUCUCGAAGAUGUUCCAGGAAUUGAGAGAUACAGCUGAAGCAGCCAAAACUAUCAGCAAGAGUAAUGGUCGCUUCGUUACUAUGAAACCGAGGACUCCGACUGUCGGAGCUAGGUUUCAUGAUUCCCUCCAGUCAUUAGUUGACACAAUGGCCAAAUGCCACCCCUGGUUCGUUCGGUGCAUCAAACCCAAUAAUGAGAAAGCACCUAUGAAAUUCGAUAUGCUUAUUGUUCUCGAACAGCUCAGGUACUCAGGAAUGUUGGAAACAAUCAGUAUCAGAAAAACAGGAUAUCCUAUUCGAAUGAAAUUCCAACAAUUCGCUGAAAGGUAUCGUUGUAUAGUGCCUGGCAGGUUACCUCGGGGAUCUCCGUCUCGAGAUGUUUGCCGCGUCAUCCUUGACAAGAUACCUGGAUCAAAAGAUCAGUAUCAGUUGGGAAGCUCGAAGGUGUUUUUGAGAGAGUCCUUGGAACAAGCCCUGGAGAAAGAACGUGUUAAUAUCCUCAGAGGAUCUGUUGUCACCAUUCAGAGAUAUGUCAGGGGUUAUCAAGCCAGGAAAAGGUACCACGCUAUGCGGCAUAGUGCCGUCAAGAUUCAGACAGCAUACAGGGCCUGGACCGCCAGGCGUAGGUAUCAGAUCAUAAGGAAAGGUAUUAUCAGAACGCAAGCUAACUUUCGUAUGUUGCGGCAGAAAAGGGAAUAUGACAAGAUUAAAGCGAUUUUGGCUCGUAAACGUGAGGCAGACAGAGUUGCGCUUGAACGAGCCAAAGAACGUGCUAACAGAGAAGAGCAAGAGCGAGCAUCUAGAGCAGUGGCGGGGGUCAAUCAUCUCGAAAUUCCUGCCGAACUGGCAUUCAUUUUCAGUAAAUUGGAUGAAUGGCAAUGUGUACACAAUGAGCGUAACAUAUUGAAGGUGGUGGGAGAAGUUGCCAAAUCUGGGACCCUUACCUAUCGCCUGCCAUCGGACAUAGAUCAGUAUGCAUUUACUAAAUUCACUAAUGUGUACUUCAAAGCUCAUAUCUGGGGAAUGAAACGAGAACCUAUCAAAACGCCGUUUCUUGCCAAGACAAAUGAGUCAGAUUACCAGAGCAGCUUAGCAUUAUUUAAAUUGAUUCUCCGCUUUAUGAACGAUAAUAAUCUAAGUGGAAAGAAAGAGAGAAUCCUUGGUGAUUACAUCGUUCAAAAAGGUCUCAUGAAUGAGACGAUGAGAGAUGAGAUCCUUUGUCAGUUGUGCAAUCAGACCUGGAAGAAUGAUAAUGAAGCCAAUAAUGAGCGGGGUUGGAUCCUCAUGGCCAACUGUCUCAGUUGCUUCGCGCCAUCAAAACACCUCUACAAAUAUUUGCUCAAAUAUGUAUCAGACCAUGCUUAUGAUGGAUAUAAAGCUCAUUGUCAGAGAAAGCUUCUCCAGGGGGAAAAACUGGAUGCCGAAGGGCGAAGGACGUACCCACCCUCUCUUUUAGAAUGGAAAUCGAAUACCAGGAGGACUAACAUGGCUCUUGAAGCGAAGUUUGCUGAUGGUUACAGCAUGUAUGGUCCCGUGGAAUCGCUCACGACUGGAGAAGAAUUCGCAGCAUCUUUGCUCAAAGCCAGGGGAGUGGAUGAUUGUUACGGCUGGACCGUGGAUUUAGACGACGACGGGGAUCUCUAUGAGUUAAAUGGUUACGAUUACGUCCUAGACCUUAUUUCAGAGACCGAAAUUCCUCCUGCAUUCCCAGUCUGCAAGUCUUUCUUUUUAGUUUCUGCGAAUAAAAAUAAGACAAUCUCUGACUCUUCUACUGCGUGGGCCACAUCGCCGCAUAAUCCUGAGCGUAUUAACACGUUUGAAAUGGAUAUUGACGAAUCUCCACCAGCUCCAAUCCGUUACAGACAACCAGUGAAAUCUCGAUCCAUAGAUGACAUUACGAGAGUUGAUCAACAUUCUUCUGUCGACUAUGUUUCUCGAGAAAGAAAGAAAGAACGUUUGAGAGCAACUUCUCAUGAAAGAUUGCUGGAGGAUGUGGUAAAGGCCGAACCUCCUCUCUCUAAGACUAGUGCCCUCAACGAUCGCUACUUUGAGAAUGGUAAAACAACUAGAUCUGAUUUAGUUGUAGAAGACAAUCAUCUAUCUAAAUCCAGACCAGAACCAAUAGGAUCAAUGUUGGGAUUAUCCAAAAGUAAACUAAAUGAACGGUACAAUGAAAGAGAGAUACAAGGACUCUCAGAAACUAGUAAACUCAACAAACGUUACUUGGCCUCCAAAACUAAUUCAAGCACAUCCCAGCAGAGAUCCGAAAUCUUAGAUGACAUGCAGCAUCAUACCAAGGCUUCUAAUUCACCCGCUCAGUCCAGUGCAUGGCAGGAUGAGCUGGGAUUAGCGUCAUCAGCGCUUAAUGACAGGUACUUUUCUCGUCAAGAAUUGCUCAAGAGCACCAAAACAGACGCUAGUGAUGCUGGCAGUCGUCGUGAUGGAAGUAGCGUUGGUCGCGGUGUAACUCCUAGUCUUGAAGAAACGGGCAAAAUCAAUGGCCAUUCGCCUGACCUAAAUGGAAGUGGUAAUAAUCAUGCUGUGCGAGAUGCAAGUUCAUCUUCACAGGCUUCGAACGAUGCUAUCGAGUUUCCAGAAUUCGAUUUCCCGGAAAUGAACGGAGACGAAGACGAAGAUGCUGAACCAGAUGAUUUCCUGCCAGAUCCUGAUGGCUCCCGAUGUAGUCGUACCACAGAGUCCACACGUUAUGUGAAGUAUGGUGGUAAACAGCAAACGGGUAAAGUUCAUUCACAUUCUACAAAGGCCCAUAUCGACCGCAACCGUGAUGAUUAUAGCAGUGUCGGAGGCCCUAAGAGUUCCGCCAUGUCCGAUACUUCAGAAGCACCCUCAUUAGCAUCCCAUGUGAAAAAUGUCCGUAUUCCUUCUCAUACGUCAGAUUUAGACCAAUAUUUAGAUGACUUAUUCAACCCUGUUUUAGAUGGUAACCUGGAUGAGCUGAGCGACGCCAGGUCUCUUGCUGCAUCCAUCAAAGGAAGUGGCAUUUCAGAAUCUGCCAGGUUUUCCAAAAAUGUGUCAGCUAUAGACCCCUACGAAAUUCUUGAUGAUUUACUUGCAGAGCCAAUGAAAGAAGAAUUUAGCGAUCUUGGAAAUGCUGAAAGUCUCGCAAAAGCAUUGAAAGGUGGUGGAAAAGCAGUGGGAGGUGGAGUUGACACACAGCAACGAUCCUCUUCUGGUGGUUUGCAUUCUCAAAACAUGACAUCGAAUUUGUCGACACCCUCUCCAGCAUUGUCAGCGGGUGGAGUAAACGCGGGAAAUUCUUCAGCAUCUUCCACGACCGGAGCAAACAACUUACCACUUUACAAUCUCUCCGGUAUGACAGUGCCAAUGGUUGAUGCUUCUCAACUCAUUCAGCAACAGUUACUUCAACAACAGAUGAUCCAGUUGCAGCAGCGAGCUUUCUUGGCAUCUGCUGUUCAACAAAAUCUUCAAAUUCAGCAGCAUCUGAUGCAACAAAAUCAGGCACUGCAGCAUCUUCUGCAGAAUAGCUCGAUGAGUCCCGCAUCACCUGCAGCUGUGGGGCCAUCUCUGCUUGCUGAAGCUCCAUCCCUUCAAUUCGGUGGAGCUCUCUCUCCACCCUUGGCCCCUUUGCCACCAAUCAUAACUUCUACGAGCUUACCUCCUACUCUCUUGCAAACAACUCCGACGCUAGGUUCUCAAGACUUUUCCAGCCUCUCUUUCCAACAGGCAUCUAUAUUUUCUCCACAUAAGGAUGGAGGCAUAGAUGGAACUUUACCCUCUUUACCAGUCAAGACUGGACAAAGACCGUCUUCACCAGUCCAGAAGACUGUCUUCCCCAAGCCAAAUUUGCCGCACGAAGUGUUCAGUGAUGUGUUGAGUGAACUUCGAAGCAAAGCGGGGGGUAGUGAAACUACCCCUCAAUCUGCUCCUCGAUCUCAAGUGCAGCAAAGAAUGAUCGGAGUGCCACCACCACCUCCUCCUCCACCUCCACCACCACCUCCACCCCCACCGCCAAUGUCUCCUGACAGUCAAGCAAAAUAUCAAGAUAUGUACGGUCGUGCGAAAACAGUGCGAAUCGGCAAGUGGCGCUGGCCGCCGCCUCGAGAUGAUGGGGCUCCGCCGGUAAGUUUCCUCGAGUUCAAACAAGCCAAGCAAAAGAAAGAUCGAUCUGGAGCUGAGUCAGCAGAGAGUGCAGAUUUUCCCGAGAUUUCAGGCAUGGAAAGCACAUUGUCCUUUGGAUCUUCUGGUAUAGAUAGCUCUACACCUGUUACUCAGCAAACACAUCAGCAGCAGCUACAACAACAAUCCAGUCAAGAGCGUAUUAAAAAGAGUCGUAGUUUAGAAGAACUAAAAGAAGAAGACACAGAUAUUAUCAGAGCGUUUGAAGGUAAUGAGAAACCACUGCCUGGAAGCAUAGGAAAAUUAAGAAUCAGUUCGGAAAUGAAGGCCAAACUUGAGCAACUCACCAUGGACCACAGCGUAAGGUCAUCUAACAAGAAAGAACCCAGGGCCAAAGUAUAUCCAAUGGUGGAAGAAUCUCAACAGGAUCAACAAGGCGUUAAAAAAUUAUGUGAAAGUCGCAAGGUGUUAUUGGAACAAAAGCUUCGAGGAAGCGGCGAUUAUAUGGAUGGUUCUCCACGUACGCGAACCGAAAGAUACCAGGAACUGCCUUAUGAUCCCGAUCUACCACCUGCUCCAGAUUAUCGGAUACGAGGUACUAGAGACGAACCUCAACAAUUUGUUGUUGAAAAUCUUGUCAAAUCUCAAGUGCAGAGAAUGGAAAGAGCGAGUAGAGAGAUAAGGGAGUUGAGGGAAGAGCUUGGUCAUCCCAUGAGUGCUGUUUUACCCUCCCGAAGCAGUAGUCAACAAGCUGCAGAAUAUCUCUCAGGCCCAUCUUCAAAAUACUUUGGACCUCACUCUUCACUCAUCACUGAUCAUUCUAGCCAGAACUCGUCUAGAAGCAUCAUGUAUGAGGAAAGUCUCGCUAGUUCCUCUAGGACAGGGUACAGAGAUGAUAUGCGAAUGUAUGGAGGAUCUAGAGGUCAUCCUCCUGCUCCCGUUGGACCUCUUGGUAGCAGAUUGCAACAUCAUGCCCCGUCCAUAACAGCGUCCUCUAGUUAUUAUGCUCCAAGCACUAUAGUUGCACCAAAGCACAGGGAACCACCUGCACCUAUAUCACCACAAAAAGUGUUACAUGAUAGAUUGUCUUCGGACAAAAUCGAAUUUGAGGAGAGUUCUGAAUUUUUGAAACCUAUUGACACGGCACCACCCACUGUAAUGGAUACUCCAGAGCAGAGAACAUUAGAGAGUAUUAAAACUAAACUGUUCCCGCCGAGCACAGCAGCUUCAUUUACCUAUACAAAAGUUUCUUGGACUCUCAGGGUUAGAAAAGAAGUGUUCUCUCCAUCGGAAAAACUGGAUAAUCCUGUAGCGUUACAUUUGGUAUUUUGUCAAGUUGUAAAAGAUGUCUCUUCCUCGGCCUGUAUUCGCAUGAACAGGGAAGAGAAGAGAAAAUUACAACAACUCAUAGACGGGUAUGGUGUGACGCCAUCCACUCUUCAUUCAAAUACUAUAAAGCUGACAAUGAAGAGGAAUGUCAUAGAUGUCGCCAAAGAGUUCCCCAAUUAUUUCUCCAGGCUUUUUCCCAUAUCUGGAGGUAGAAAUCUGCCAAAUGUUCAGCUACUAGGUGUGUCUCAUUCAGGUGUACGCUUGGUCAGACGAGAACGUGACGCUAUAUGCGACUACUUGAGAGUUUUGGACACAAUAAGUUUCGAAGAUAUUGCUGAAGUAAGUGUACCGAGGAGCAGUACAAUUCAGAUACUAUUACGAAACGGCGGCUGGAUGACGCUUUAUUCUCACAAAGCCGAAAGAAUUCGAAAUAUGAUUGAGCGGUUUUGUGUGGAAGCUGCUCAAGGUGGUCACGAAUACGUCAGAGCUGUUGCUGAUUAUGUCACACGCGAAGCUACUCUCCUGAGUUUCAAAGAGAAUGAUAUCAUUCGAGUGGUUAAGAACAGAAAUUUGCAUUUGGAUAAAGGGUGGUUGUAUGGCGUGUUGGAUAAUGGAGAAUCUGGUAUAUUUCCGUGUGAAUACGUCGCACCUCUGGGGAAACAAGAAACGAAGAGAAACCAACGCCGAGAGAUGGAGAAUUUGGUUCAGUCCAAAACUCAGCAACAGAAGCAUCGCCGAGGGCCAAACCAUGACGAAAUCACGGCAUAUAACAACACAGAGCCUAUCGUCAAUGGUACUUUGGACAGAUCCCGAGAGAAUGAUGCACCAGUUUGGGUGGAGUCAAGAACUGAAAACUUUGAUGUGGAAGGACGGAGUGAGGUGAACCAAUCACCACAGCCAGCCAACGAUGCCAAGUCUCUGCUGCAGUUUGCUCUCUUCAACUUCAGGGAAAGUCUGGACAAGUAUGAAAUGCUACGGACACGCGAUGGCUCUAUUCGAGGUUCCAUUAAAUUAAUAGAGAGUCUAAAAUCGAAGAAAAGUAAAGGAAAGAAAGGGAAAGAUACAUCUGAUUGGACUUGGAAGGAAUUGGCGGAUAUGGUCAAAUAUACCAAGUCUCCUCUGAUGGCUUCUCUGUUAAAGUUUGAAGCUCCUGAACUGAACAAAUUAGCUUUGGAGUGCUUUAUAGCUAUCAUGAGGCAUAUGGGUGAUUAUCCAAUGGCCAAGAAUCAAUCUGAAGUUGAUUGUGUGUACACAAUUCUAGUGACCUGCCAUAAAUACCCACAAUUAAGAGAUGAAGUUUAUUGCCAGUUAAUGAAACAAACAACAAAUAACAAAAGCCCAAAACCAGACAGCUGCCAGCGGGGAUGGCGCUUAUUUUCAAUUGUCGCUGCUUAUUUUGAGUGCUCAGAUGCAUUGAAGCCAUAUUUAUUCAAAUACCUAGAGACAGCUGCCUACGACAAACGCCGAGCUUAUCACGGUACUGCUAUGGUAUGUUUGCAGAAUUUAAGAAAAACUUUUAAAUACGGAGGACGGAAAAAUGUACCUAGUGUUGAAGAAAUAUCUGCUAUAUCUGCGGGUCGCAAUUCUAAGAGGCAAAUUUACAGGCUUCCUGGAGGUACAGAACGAGUCAUUAACACAAAAUCUACCACUGUAGUGCAAGAUAUCAUUGAAGAAAUCUGUACCAUAUUAAAUGUUAGAAACCAAUUAGAAAUGGAAGAAUUUUCACUUUAUUGCAUUGUUGAAGGAGAUCCCUAUACAAUGCCACUUAAUCGUGAAGAAUACAUCUUGGAUGUGACAACAGAACUUUUAAAGAAUGGUCAAGUAUUCUACUUGAUAUUCUGCCGAUCAGUAUGGUAUUACCCUCUUCGUUUAGAUAAUCAUCUGUACAUUGAAGUCAUUUUUAAUCAAGUUGCACCAGAUUAUCUUGAAGGUCUACUUUUAGUAAUGCCAGGAGAGCGAAUAAAAGAGCAAAAUGUGGCUGAUAUUGCAAAAGUUGCAGCUUUAUUACAUCGGGCUGCUGAUAUGGAGCACACACCCGCAAAGGAGGAAGUCAAAUAUCUUUUACCCAAACCAAUUCUUGGAGUAAGAGAUAUUCGUCCUGCUCAAUGGGUAGAAUAUGUCCAGCAAAACUGGCCACAGAUGACCGCCUUAACCACGACAGAGGCCAAAGCUCAAUGUUUAGAUAUUCUCCAAAAAUGGCCUUUGUUUGGUUCAUGUUUCUUCAUAGUAAAGUGGAUUCGUGGGGAUGCACUACCAGUAGAUCAUAUUCUUGCCUUGAACAAAGAAGGUGUUCAUUUCCUAGAGGUUGUAACUCAUGAAACCACAUGGAAAUAUCCAUUUUCUGAAGUAAUAUCCACGAGAAAAGUCAGAGCAGAGGAUGGUACAUUAUUCUUGGAUAUGAAAUGUGGAAAUCUAAUGGUGCAAAAAAUUACACGCAUUCAAACAGAUCAGGCACAUGAAGUCUCCAGAUUAAUUCGUCAGUACAUCAAUAUCGAACAAAAGCAUCGAGGAGUCAGUAAUGGUGAUGCGCCUCACGAUUUAACACUGUCACGGCAUGUAGAUAAAUAGAAGCUACCAAUUUUGUGCGAGACUAUAAUAAUUUAAUAUACAUAGAACGAACUACCAUGAACAAUGUAGCUGGCGAUUCGGCUGCAAUUUUAUGAACCAAAUGAAACAGAUUUAUAUUUCUUAAUGAAAGAACAAUGGUGAUGAUAUGCAGAGGAAGGAAAUUUAGAAUAUUGCAUUUCAAGAAAUUCAAAGAGUCAAAUAUGAUUAACUACUAAGACUAUGAAUACAUUUAUCUGGAAUAAAUCAUGCGUGGUCACACAGUUUUCAUGUCCUUCCCAUUUGUGAAUAUGAACAUUUUCAAGGUGAAUCUAGGAAAAAUGUCUAUUUUAUAAAAUGGAAGUGUAUAAUAAUUUCAAUCUCUCAAUAUUACUUUAAGCAUUUUUCAGACUCGAAGAUUAGAUUAAUUAAACUGUAAAAAAUAUUUCAAUCUUAAAUUUUGGUUUAUGAGUGCCAAAUGAAGUAGCAAUGUUCUAUUCUGUUCUUUAUGAUUAAGAUGGAAUUAAAUAACACCGAACAUUAGUACCAGAAGUAACAAAAUUCUUUGAAAUAUGCUUAUUACUUGCUAUCUGUCGACCUUUACCUUUUUAUUAAUAGUUCAUUUUUCUACAAAGAGCUCCUUUUUUGUAAGUAAAUGUAUAUUUAUAAAUAAUGUUGUAAGAAAAACAUUACCCAAGUUUUAAUAGGGUGUGUAAUGUAUUCUUAUUUCAUUAUAUUUUAGCUGCUGUUUUUAUAAUAAACAUCUUAUUUCAUUUGUAA